CAUCUUACAGAACGAUUGGCAAAGGAUUUAUACCCAAUUUCCCAUUUCAAAUAGCAAACUUCCAUACUUAAGGGGAUACCCAUUAAGAAAUUUCCCCCUUUCCCCUUCUAUUACCUCUUAUUCGAAGAGCCCAAGCAAGCUAAGGGGGCCUUCUUAACUGGGAUUUCUGCAAUUCUGCACAUAAUGGCUUGCAGACUUGCAGAUUCCAUGGUUCUUUUCAAUGGCCCCCAUCAGAAUUUAGCUCGAACCCAGAAAAUUGCAUCCCAUUGUUCGCCAGGUAUAUUGCAAGUGAAGGGGGAAAUAUUAUUUCAGAAGAAAAUCAAGCGACAGAACUAUCUACUUCCUGUGAAGAGGGCUGCAAUUUUACGGGCUGUUGCUGUUCCAGUUGCACCACCAUCUUCUUCAGCAGAUAGUGCUGAAUAUAGAAAACAAUUAUCAGAAAGCUAUGGAUUCGAGCAAAUUGGAGAACCUCUUCCUGAUAAUGUUAGGUUAAAAGAUAUUGUUGAGUCCCUUCCUAAAGAGGUGUUUGAGAUCAAUGAUGUGAAAGCAUGGAAAUCUGUUUUAGUAUCUGUAGCUUCCUACACAUUAGGCCUCGUCAUGAUUGCAAAAGUUCCAUGGUAUCUACUACCUUUGGCUUGGGCAUGGACUGGAACUGCAAUAACAGGGUUCUUUGUUAUAGGUCACGAUUGUGCUCACAAAUCAUUUUCAAGGAACAAGUUAGUGGAAGACAUUGUGGGUACUUUGGCUUUCAUGCCUCUAAUAUACCCAUAUGAGCCUUGGCGGUUUAAGCAUGAUCAACAUCAUGCAAAGACAAACAUGCUGGAAGAAGAUACAGCUUGGCAUCCUGUGUGGAAAGAGGAAUUUGAUUCAGCACCUCUUUUGCGUAAAGCAAUCAUAUAUGGUUAUGGUCCAUUUCGACCGUGGAUGUCUAUAGCUCAUUGGUUGUUGUGGCACUUUGAUUUGAAAAAGUUCAGACCAAACGAAGUGAAAAGAGUGAAGAUAAGCUUAGCUUGUGUUUUUGCAUUUAUGUUUAUUGGAUGGCCAUUGAUCAUCUACAAGACUGGGAUUAUUGGAUGGGUCAAGUUCUGGUUAAUGCCAUGGCUGGGCUACCACUUUUGGAUGAGCACUUUCACCAUGGUCCAUCACACAGCUCCUCAUAUACCGUUUAAGUCUUCAGAAGAGUGGAACGCAGCUCAAGCGCAGCUCAAUGGAACAGUUCACUGUGCUUAUCCUCAGUGGAUUGAGAUUCUCUGCCAUGACAUCAAUGUGCACAUUCCCCACCAUAUUUCUCCAAGAAUUCCGAGUUACAACUUACGGGCAGCCCACAAGUCUCUUCAAGAAAACUGGGGAAAGCAUCUGAAUGAGGCUUCAUGGAAUUGGCGAUUAAUGAAGACGAUCAUGACGAUAUGCCAUGUCUACAGUAAAGAGGAAAACUAUGUCGCAUUUGACCGACUCAAUAAAGAAGAUUCUUAUCCCAUUACAUUUCUCAAGAAAGUUAUGCCUGAUCUUGCUUGAUUGAUCUUACCUCAACCUUCAGGAACAACACAGACACUUGCUUCUUUCUUUCGUUGUGCAAUGUUUUUCUCCACAAAUUUUGAAGAACGAAUGGAAGGAAACUUGGUAGGACGCCAUAUAUUGAGUUAAAGAAUUUCUCUAUUUCAUUUUCCAAUCUCUCGCUCUCCCAUUUUCUCGUGAGGGAACAUUUUUUUCUCCUCAAAUAGCAAUAGUCUGUAACCUUUUCUUUUGUUCUUUUAACGUAGUUGUGAUCUAAAGAGGAAGAACAAACACUUUGAUACUUUAUGUUGCCACUUUAUAAAAAGGUGUAAUGGAAACACUCUCUUUAUCAAAGACA